AUGGCAGCGGCGGCGCUGCAGGGGAGCCGCGCAGCUCCCUCACCGCUGGCGCCGGGCGCCGGGCUCUUCCUCGUGGUCUUAUCCCCCUUCCUCACCCUGCGCCCCGGGGCCGCCCAGGUGGGGCCGCCCGACUCCGGGGCGCUCGGGCUCAGCCUCCAUCCGCCCUAUUUCAACCUGGCCGAAACAGCCAGCAUCCGGGCGACGGCCACCUGCGGGGAGGAGAGCGGCGGCGGCGGGAGGCCCCGGCUGGAGUUGUACUGCAAGCUGGUGGGAGGACCGGCCGCCUCCCCCGCGGGGCACACCAUCCAGGGACAGUUUUGUGACUAUUGCAAUGCAGCUGAUCCCAAUAAAGCUCACCCAAUAACCAAUGCUAUUGAUGGAACUGAACGCUGGUGGCAAAGUCCUCCUCUCUCUUUAGGCUUACAGUAUAAUGAAGUGAAUGUCACUUUAGAUCUUGGACAGCUCUUCCAUGUUGCUUACAUCCUUAUCAAGUUUGCAAAUUCUCCUCGCCCAGAUCUCUGGGUGUUAGAAAGAUCAGUGGACUUUGGAAGAACCUAUGCACCUUGGCAAUAUUUUGCUCAUUCUAAAGCAGACUGUUUGGAACAUUUUGGAAAAAAAGUUAGUGCUCAUAUUAGGAGGGAUGAUGAUGUUAUUUGCACUACAGAGUAUUCUCGAAUUGUGCCUCUUGAAAAUGGUGAGAUUGUGGUAUCCUUGGUAAAUGGUCGUCCAGGAGCAAAAAACUUCACUCACUCUCCCAUACUGAGGGAAUUUACCAAGGCAACAAACAUCCGCUUGCGUUUUCUCAGAACCAAUACCCUUCUUGGACACUUGAUAGCCAAAGCUCAACGGGACCCCACUGUAACCCGCAGAUAUUACUACAGCAUAAAGGACAUCAGUAUAGGUGGACGAUGUGUUUGCAAUGGUCAUGCAGAAGUCUGUAAUGCAAAAAGUGCUGAAAACCUGUACCAGUUUCAGUGUGAAUGUCAGCAUAACACUUGUGGGGAAACCUGUGAUAGCUGCUGCCCUGGAUAUAAUCAGAAACAAUGGCAACCUGCAACUGCCAACAACGCAAAUGAGUGUGAAUCCUGCAACUGUCAUGGACAUGCUACUGAUUGCUACUAUGAUCCUGAUGUUGAUCGACGCAAAGGAAGCUUAAACGUCCAUGGGUGGUAUGAAGGUGGAGGGGUCUGCAUUAAUUGCCAGCAUAACACAGCUGGAAUUAACUGUGAACAAUGUGCAAAGGGGUACUAUCGUCCUUAUGGCAUUCCAGUGGGAGCUGCUGAUGGCUGUAUAUCUUGCAGUUGUAAUCCAGAGCAUUCAGAUGGUUGUGAGGAAGGAUCUGGUCGCUGUCAUUGUAAGGUGAAUUUCCACGGCGAAAACUGUGAACAAUGUGCUGAAGGAUACUAUAGUUUCCCAUUCUGUGUCCGAAUUCCUAUUUAUCCUUUUACUACUCCAAAUCCAGAAUACCCUGUGGCUGGUGGUAUUAAAGAUGGCUGCAAACCAGGAUUUUUUGGCCCUCAAUGUCAGCCUUGCCAGUGCUAUGGCUCGGGAGUGCUGGAUGGCAACUGUGAUGGAAAGACAGGACAGUGCAGAUGUCGAGUUGGAUUUCAGGGGCUUUCCUGUGAUGCCUGUGCAGUAGGGUAUUUUCAAUACCCUUUCUGUCAGAUGUGUGCAUGUAAUUCAGCUGGUGCCUUCCCUGAAAUCUGUGAUUUCCUUGGGAAAUGUCUCUGCCGCUUUGAGGUAGAUGGACCUCAGUGUGACAGCUGUCGUCCUGGCUACCAUUCUUUCCCUAUCUGUCAAGAAUGCAACUGUGAUUCGCUUGGCUCAUUGGACAAUACAUGUGGGCCUACCGGUCAGUGUCGGUGCCAUCAAAACUAUGCUCGACUUAGAUGCAACCAAUGUGCUCCAGGUUAUUUCAGCUAUCCGAACUGCUUGCCUUGUCAGUGUUCUCCCCAUGGUUCCUACCAGAACACAUGUGAGUCAACAACAGGGCAGUGUGAGUGUCGAACAGGCAUUACGGGGCAGCAGUGUGACAGAUGCCUUUCAGAAGCCUACAGUUUUCCCUAUUGCCAAGGAGCAAACAAUGACUGUGACCCUGCAGGUACUCUUGAUUCCCAUUCUGGCUAUUGUCAGUGUCUGCAGCAUGUUGAAGGUCCUAUAUGUAGCAGAUGCAAACCACUUUACUGGAAUCUGGCCAGAGAAAACCCUGAUGGAUGUACAGAGUGCCAGUGUGAUGUGACUGGAACACUAAGUGGAGUCGGAGAGUGUCAGCAGAAGAAUGGUGACUGUCAUUGCAAGCCUGAUGUUUGUGGAGGUUCCUGUGACACUUGUGAAGCUGGCUAUUACGCUCUAGAAAACAGGAAUUACUUUGGGUGUCAAGGCUGCCAAUGUGAUGUCGGAGGAUCUGUCAAUCUUGUGUGCAGCGAGCCAUCAGGUGCCUGCCAGUGCAGAAACCACAUAGUGGGAACGACCUGUCAGAAGCCUGAAAAGAACCACUUUUUCCCUGAUUUACACCACAUGAAGUUUGAGAUCGAAGAUGGUACCACUGCUAGUGGAAGAGGCAUUCGGUUUGGUUAUGACCCCCAGGAAUUUCCUGGCUUUAGUUGGAGAGGAUAUGCACAGAUGUCUUCCAUACAAAAUGAAGUGAGGAUAACUCUGAAUGUGGAGAAAUCAAACCUCUACUUAUUUCAUGUUAUCUUGAGAUUUAUUAACCCUGGAAUUGAAAUGGUAUCUGGCCGCAUAACUGCUUACCAAUCUCGGUCUGAAACAGGGGCUACUCAGAGCAAAGACAUUGUCUUCCCACCCAGUAAGAAGCCGGCUUUUGCCACUGUCCCAAGAAACAGCUUUGCAGAUCCAUUCUCACUUAUUCCAGGAACAUGGAUUGUCAAUAUUAUGGCAGAGGGAGUCCUCCUGGAUUACAUGGUGCUGUUACCUAGUGAUUACUAUGAAGCGCCCAUCUUGCAAUUACAAGUUACAGAAUCUUGCACCUAUUCAGGACGUGCUACGACAGAUAACUGCUUGCUUUAUCAGCAUUUACCACUAGCCAGAUUUUCCUGUGUCCUCGGUUCAGAGGCGACACAUUUUUUGCUUGGUGGAGAGUACAGAAAAAUAGCUGUCCGACAGCCAACCCCAGAGCAUCCAGUGAUGUCACACAUCAGUGGAAUAGAGGUUGAUUUACACCUGAGACUGAACAUUCCCCAAGUCGGUCGCUAUGUGGUAGUUCUUGAAUAUGCUAAUGAAGAUGAUCAAUUAUACACUGCUGAAGUGAUAGUGAACAGUCCUGGGCCUGCCCUGAAGGCCAGAGUGAACAUAUACAGCUGUAAAUACAGCUUCCUUUGUCGCAGUGUUGUGGUUGAUAAUAUGAAUCGCAUUGCAGUCUAUGAUCUUUUAGCUGAUGCAAAGUUACAUCUUAAGGCAUCAGUGAUAAAUUUUCUUCUGCACAAAAUUUGCAUUGUAUCAGCUGAAGAAUUUUCUCUAGAAUAUGUGGAUCCUAAAGUACACUGCAUAGCCACUUAUGGGAGCUUUCUUAAUCAAAGUGCAUCAUGCAUUCCCUCGGUGUAUGAAACUCCACCGGUGGCCUUGCUUUUGGAUGCGCUAAGGGAUGGGAAAAUUUCAGAAGUGCAGAGAAAUGUACCAUACAAUCCACUGAGUGUCCCUUUACCUUCUGCUAACCGGGUUAAUGGAGUAACCUUGACCUCAUUACAGAACCAGCUUACUUUGAGUGGGAAAGUGCCAAGUUUGGGCAGAUAUGUAGUUGUUGUACAUUUCCAUCAGCCAGAGCACCCAACAUUUCCUGUGCAAGUGCUUGUGGAUGGGGGACGCCUAUGGUCAGGUUCCUUCAGUGCUUCUUUCUGCCCUCACGCUUUUGGCUGUCGAGACCAGGUGAUUGCAGAAAACCAAAUUGAACUGGAUAUCCCUGGCCCUGAGGUUUCUGUUACUGUGAAGAUUCCUAAUGAAAAAACACUGGUUGUGGAACACGUUUUAGUUGUUCCAGCAGACAGCUACAGUCAUAGCCUACUUCAGAAAAGGACUGUGGACAAGUCGUUUGACUUUAUCAACCAGUGUGGAGGAAACAGCUUUUAUAUUGACCCAGUAGCAUCUUCAGCAUUCUGUAAGGAUUCUGUAAGGUCGCUAGUGGCUUUUUACAACGAUGGAGCAUUGCCCUGUAAUUGCCAUAAAGCAGGUGCCACUAGCUCGGCUUGCAACCCUCUGGGAGGACAAUGUAGCUGCAAACCUAACGUCAUUGGCCGUCGGUGUAGCCGAUGCCAAACUGGGUACUACGGAUUUCCAUUCUGCAAGUUAUGCAACUGCGGCCGACGUCUUUGUGAUGACAUAACUGGUCAAUGUAUUUGCCCCCCUCAAACGGUGAAGCCCAAGUGUGAAGCAUGUGAAAGACAAUUUUUCAACUACCACCCCCUUGUUGGCUGUGAAACCUGCAACUGCUCAAGCAGAGGAAUAGUUAAUGUGGCAAACCCAGAAUGUGAUAAAAACAAUGGGCAGUGCAAGUGCAGGCCAGGAAUAACAGGGCGACGAUGUGAUCGCUGCAGUCCUGGUUCUUACAGUUUCCCGGAUUGUAUUCCCUGUAAUUGUAACAGAGAUGGAACAGAGCCAGAUGUUUGUGAUCCACAGACAGGAGUUUGUCUCUGCAAGGAGAAUGUUGAAGGUAGACAAUGUGACAUUUGCCAUCAAGGAUCAUUUUAUUUGGAUCCUUCUAAUCCCAAAGGCUGCACUUCUUGCUUUUGUUUUGGAGCUACUAGCAACUGUCACAGCACAAGUAAUCGUAGAACUAAGUUUGUUGAUAUGAGGAACUGGCGCGUGGAGACAGCUGACAAUAGCAUUGAUGUCCCCGUAACCUUCAAUCCAGGCAGCAAUAGUGUAGUUGCUGAUGUUCAAGAGUUGCCUACCUCUGUGCACAGUUUAUACUGGGUGGCACCACAAUCCUACUUGGGAGAGAAGCUUUCUUCGUACGGUGGCUACCUAAGUUACCUAGUGAAAUCUUUUGGCUUACCUAGUGAAGGCAUGAUUCUUCUAGAUAAAAGACCUGAUGUACAGCUAACAGGUCAGCAAAUGAAAAUAGUUUAUGUGGAUCCUAACAACCCAUUGCCUGACCGACAGUAUUACGGCCGUUUGCAGCUAAUUGAGGGAAACUUCAGACAUGCGAGCAACAAUAACCUGGUAUCUAGAGAAGAACUGAUGAUGGUCCUGUCUAGACUAGAUGGCUUACACAUCAGAGGUCUUUACUACACGGAGAGUCAGAGGUUAACCCUGGGUGAGGUUGGGCUGGAAGAAGCCACAAGUACAGGAAGUGGAAGCAUUGCAUAUAAUGUAGAGACAUGCUCCUGCCCCCCUGACUAUGUGGGUGACUCAUGUCAGGAAUGUAGCCCUGGAUUUUAUCGUGAGAAUAAAGGAUUAUUUACAGGACGCUGUGUACCCUGCAAUUGCAAUGGAAAUUCAAAUAGAUGCCAGGAUGGUUCUGGAAUAUGUAUUGGCUGUCAACAUAAUACUGCCGGGGAAAAAUGUGACCGCUGUAAAGAAGGUUAUUUUGGCGAUGCCAGUCAAGGUUCCUGUAGGGUGUGCCCUUGUCCUUACACAAACAGUUUUGCAACUGGCUGUGUGGCAAAUGGUGAAGAAGUUCAGUGUUUCUGCAAAGAAGGCUAUACUGGAGUACAUUGUGAAAGCUGCGCUCCGGGAUAUUUUGGGAAUCCGCUAAAAUAUGGAGGUUACUGUCAGAAGUGUAAUUGUAAUAAUAAUGGUCAGCUGGUUAGCUGUGAUCGUCUUACUGGAGAAUGCUUAAACCAAGAUCCAAAAGAUGUGGAUCCCGAUGAAGAUUGCGAUGCUUGUGAUAGUUGUGUAAUUACUUUGCUGAAAGAUUUGAGCACAAUGGGUGACGAGCUUCGGUUGAUUAAGUCUCAGCUGCAAAACGUCAAUGCAAGCACCCACACACUGGGACAGAUGAGGCAUUUGGAAACACGCACCAAGGAGUUAAAAAUCUUGUUGAACAGUUACCGUUCAACUGUUCUGAAUCAGGGCUCAAAGGCAGAUGAGCUGGAGACAGACUUGAUCAAUCUUAAUCAGGAUGUAAAUGCGCUACAAGAAAAGGUUGAAAUGAAUUACAGGAAAGCCGAGACAUUAUUUAAUAAUUUUGGUCAGACUAAUCAAAAAGGAAAAGAUUUGGUUUCAAAAAUACAAAUUGUCAUCAUCAAUAUUCAGGUGCUCGUGGAACAGAUAGCUGGCACCAAUGGAGAAGGCAACAGAUUGCCCGUGGGGGAUGCUGCCAAGGAACUGGCUGAAGCAGAACAGAUGAUGAGAGAGAUGCGAAAACGCAACUUUGUACAACUGCAAAUAGAUGCAGAGAGGGAGAGAAGAGAAGCUCAACUCUUGCUGGAGCGUGUUAGGAAUGAGCUACAAAAGCACCAGCAAGAAAACCAUGGAGUUGUUAAAACUAUAAGAGAUUCAUUAAACGAAUAUGAAUCCAAACUCAGUGACCUUCGUGAAGCUUUGAAUGAAGCAACGGGCCAAACGAAGCAGGCUGAAAACUUAAACAAAGAUAAUGGAGUGCUCUUGGAAAACAUUAAGAAACAAAUUGAAGUGAUGAAUAAACAACAGAACGAUGUCUUGGUUCAUCUCAACUCUGCCCAAUCUUCCUUGUCCCAGACUAACAGCGUACUUGGAUUACUGCAGAAGAGCAAAGAGGAAUAUGAAAAUCUAGCUGCCAAACUAGAUGGAGCAAGGAAGGACUUGAAUGAAAAACUGAAGGACCUUUCCUUAUCAGCCAGCAAAGAGCCACUGGUGGUGAGGGCAGAGGAGCAUGCCAAGAUUUUGCAAGACCUGGCAAGACAACUGGCUGAAAUUAAGAGAAACGCCAGCAAUGAUGAGUUGGUGAACUGUGCCAUGGAAGCUGCUACUGCCUAUGAAAAUAUUAUUAAUGCCGUCAACGCAGCUGAGGAAGCAGCCAACAAAGCUGUAAAUGCAGCUGAUUCAGCUUUACUGACUGUGGAGAGGGAAGACCUAUCAGGAAAAGCCAAGAGACUGAACACUGAAAGCACCAAUCUAUUAAAUCAAGCACAAAUGACACAAAAGACAUUACAAGAUAUUAAUCCAACUCUUGAAGAUAUAAAGCAGAGACUGGGUAUUGUGGAAGGGAAGAAGAACAGACUGCUGAUGAACCUUGAUUCUUUUCAAAAUGAUCUCAAUGGGAUAAACAGAGAUGACAUAGACAGCGUCAUUACCAGUGCAAAGAACCUGGUCAAAAAUGCCAAUGAUAUCACUGCUAAUGUACUGGGUGAACUGAACCCAAUUAAAGCAGAUGUGGAAAAAAUAAAGGGCACCUACGGAAGCAAUCAGAGUGCUGACUUCAAUAAGGCUUUGACGGAAGCAAACAAUUCAGUAAAGAAAUUAACAAGCAAGCUCCCGGAUCUGUUUAACAAGAUUGAGAGCAUCAACCAACAGCUGAUGCCAAUAGGCAACAUAUCUGAGAAUGUAAACCGCAUAAGAGAGCUCAUUCAGCAGGCCAGAGAUGCUGCAAACAAGGUUGCUAUUCCCAUGAGGUUCAAUGGUCGUUCUGGGGUAGAGGUUCGACCUCCAAGUGAUCUGGAGGAUUUGAGAGGCUAUACUUCCCUUUCUUUUUUUCUCCAAAGACCUCUGCCAAGACAAGAGAGCUUGGAACAGACUUCAAAUAUGUUUGUAAUGUACCUGGGCAAUAAGGAUGCCUCCAAGGACUACAUUGGUAUGGCUGUGAGAAAUGGUCGUCUCAUUUGUGUUUAUAACCUGGGAGGCAAUGAAGCCGAAAUAGAAGUGGACCCAUCAGUGACUGAGAGUAACACUGAGGAAGCUACUUUGGAUCGGGUGAAGUUUGAAAGGAUUUACCAGUAUGCAAAGUUGAGUUACGUUAAAGCAGCCACCUCAGACAAAAAGACUUUUGACAGUAGCAGUGGGAGCAGUCACACACUCCUAAAUCUGGAUCCCAACAGUGUUGUCUUUUAUGUGGGAGGAUACCCACUAGAUUUUCAGCCUCCCAGUGCACUAGACUACCGUCAUUACCAAGGCUGCAUUGAAUUAGACAACCUAAAUGAGAAUGUUAUUAGCCUGUACAACUUCAAGAGGACAUUUAAUCUCAAUACCACUGAAGUGGAGCCAUGCAGUAGAUUUAAAGCAGAGUCUGACCAAAACUAUUUUGAAGGCACGGGCUAUGCACUUGUCACAGCUAGAGAAGCAAAUAUUCCUCAUUUGUACUACGAGCAGGAAAUUCAAACUACUGCAGAUGAAGGCAUGGUGUUUUUUGCAGAAAACCAGGAUCAUUUCAUUAGUUUGAAUAUUGAAAAUGGCCAUCUGGUGUUCAGAUACAAACUUGACUCACAACCUCCAAAGGAAAUAGCAAGCAAUAAAGAAGCUGUAAAUGAUGGAACAUAUAAGCAAAUUAAAUUAUACAUUUCUAGUAGACAAAAGUCAGUUUUGAUUAAUCCUUGGAUUAAAGCCAGCAUCAGUGUCUUUAAGUUCACCACAUACUACCUGGGUGGAAUUCCAUCUUCUCUGCGGGAACGCUUUAAUAUCUCCACAUCUCCAUUCCGUGGCUGCAUUAAGAAUGUGAAAAACCCCAUCACUGCGUCUGUUACUUUUACUGAGACCAUUGGUGUCAGUAGGAAGUGUUCCGAUGACUGGAAGCUUGUGAGAUCUGCAACUUUCUCCAGGAAUGGAAUACUGGAUUUGAAUGAUGAAGGUUUCCCAUUUCCCAGCAAUUUCCAAGUCGGAUUUGGCUUUCGUGCGUUGGCACCCAGUGGAACAUUAUUAAAUUACAAUAUAAGGCCUUAUGUGCUUACCAUCUUUCUGAGAGAUGGCUUUGUAAUCGUAAAGAUGACAGAUGAGGAAAAACAAUCCAGCAAGAAAUAUGAAGAUGGUUCAAUGCAUUAUGUGUCAGUAAUCAAAGAUGGCAACAUGGUCAGGCUGCUGGUUGAUGACCUGCCUGUGUCAAUGGCUGUUGAACCUCAAGGAAUGUCUAAACAAUUAAGUUCUGUAAGAUUGGGUGGGGAUAAUUUUGAAGGCUGCAUCUCCAAUGUCUUUAUACAAAGGACAGGUGAGCUCCCUCAAGUUCAAAAUCUAGUCAGUUAUACUGAGAAGUCUGGUGUAUCCGUGGGAGCCUGUAGGAUAUACAAGUCACCCCAGCCAAUGCAGCUGAAAGAAUUAGCAGAUCCUAACAGCUCUAAGAUUUUCAAGUUACAGAAGGAAAAGCACCUUGCUUACCUGACAGGUGCCGAAGUGCAGCUAGACCAGAAAAGCUGUGCUUUACCUACUCAGCUAAAUUUCAUCAAUGGAGCUUAUCAGUUUGGCAAUGCUCCCAACAGUCAUUUGCUGUAUACACUUUCUCAGGCAUCACUGACAGACAGGGCACAUUUUUCAAUAGACGUACGGACUGCAUCAUCGGGAGGACUGAUAUUUUUUGUGGGAAAUAAGCCUGAGAGCUCUUAUAUGGCUCUUUACAUUUCCAAGGGACGUUUUGUCUUUUCAUUUGGUGUUGGAGGAAAGAAAAUUAAAAUCAAAAGCAAAGCAAAAUACGAUGAUGGGCAGUGGCAUACUGUGGUAUUCAAUAUGCAUGGGAAGAAUGGCCAACUCGUUAUUGAUGGUCUGAGGGCCAGGGAAGGAAAACUGGCAAGUAAUUCCACCUUCAGCACUAAGCCACCAGUCUAUCUGGGUGGGCUUCCAUCCCUGAAAGUACAGAAUAUACCAAGAAAGAGUUUUGUAGGUUGCCUGAGAAAUUUUAAAAUGAAUGGAAAGCUCAUGAAUACUCCUCAUCGGAACACUGGUGUCCCUCCAUGUUUGGAUGGCUCUUUGGAGACUGGGAUAUAUUUCUUUAAUGAAGGGGGAUAUAUCAUCAUUGAUAACUCUUUUGUGAUGGGUUUGGAAUUUAAGAUCAUAUUUAACAUUCGUGUGAGAAGUCUAACAGGUGUCCUACUCCAUACUGGAAACAAACAAGGCAACUAUUUAACUGUUUACAUGGAGGCAGGAAAGGUCACUGCCUCUGGAAAUAAUGGUGCUGCAGAGUUCCAGACAUCUGUCACUCCUCAGCGGUCUCUAUGUGAUGGACAGUGGCACUCCAUAGCAGUAACUCAGAAACGGAACAUUGUGCACCUAGAUGUGGAUGCAAAGAGCAACUACACCAUUGGAUCCUCUGCCUCACUUUCUGCUAACGUGGGUCAUCCACUUUAUUUUGGAAGAGUUCCAGCAAAUUUGGAAACACCCUUGCUUCCUGUUCAAGACUCCUUCCUUGGCUGUCUGCAGAACAUUAAAAUAAAUGACAAACCUGUCUCUGUCAGCAAAAUUUCAGAGGUUCAUGGUGCAGUCAGCUUGAAUGGAUGCCCUGCCAAUUAA